AUGCCUAGGAACCAGCAAGUUGAAGUUGAACCUCUGUCCCCAGCCGCAGCCCCUUACUGGAACAACAUAGAUGAUGAUGGCCUCACCGUGGAAUAUAAGCGUCAUCGCCGCCACCAGAAGUACGUCAUGUGCUGUGGCUGCGUCACCGCCCUGAUUUUGAUUCUAGUGGUGGUUGUCUGUGUGCUAAUCUUCACCGUUUUUGGUGCUAGAUGUCCAAAACUAAGAGUGAACUCGCUCCAGAUUGAUGGGUUGGAUCGUGUCAACUGGACUGAUAUUAGGCCUAACACAAAUUUGUCCAUCAUAGCCGAUGUCUCAGUGAAAAAUCCAAAUAUAGCCUCCUUCAAAUACAACAAUGCAUCGACCAUUCUUUACUAUGAUGGGAACAUCAUCGGAGGAGCUAAGACACCAGGAGCAACUGCCAAGGCCGGUCGGACUCUCAGGUUGAAUGUGACUGGAUAUUCUGCUUGCCAAAUUCCUGAAUGUUUCCCGGCUGCAGGCUGA